AUGGUGUCUGAGUUCCUUCUUCUGGGAUUCCAAAGUCUUCAUAACUUCAAGAUUUUAGUUUUCCUUUGCAUCCUCCUGGCUUAUCUUGCCACAUUAGUUGGAAAUCUUCUGAUCGUCAUCUUGGUUGCCACCAACCACCAGCUCAAGGUCCCCAUGUUCUACUUUCUCAAGCAUCUAGCACUUGUGGAUCUUCUGUUCACCACCAACAUUGUACCCAACAUGUUACAUGUUAUACUGAUGGCUGGGGCUACAAUAACCACAACUGGGUGCUUUAUCCAGUACUGCCUUCAUUCUCUUUCGGUAUACACUCAAUCGCUGGUCCUUGCUGCUAUGUCUCUUGACCGAUACAUGGCCAUCUGUCAACCUUUGCGAUAUUCCUCUGUAAUGACCCCAAAAUUGUGUCUUCAUCUGGCUUUUUGGUCCUGGGCGGCCGGUCUCUUCCUCAGCCCAAGUGAAUUUUAUAUAAUCUUCCACCUGAAAUUUUGUAGCUCUAACGUGAUCGACCAUUUCUUUUGUGAUUUAGCACCAUUUCUUAUCUUGGCUUCGUCAAACGAAGAAUUGGUGGAAUGGCACGACUUAAUCAUCUCAUUUACCCUGAUCUUCAUCCCAUUUCUCUUCAUCAUCUUUUCCUAUGUGUUUAUUUUUAUAACUAUCUUGAGGAUUUCUACCUCCUCCGGAAGAAAGAAGGCGUUCUCCACCUGUAGCUCACAUUUGGUCACGGUCAGCACACACUGCGGGAUUCUAGUUACUGUCUAUGUAUUUACUGCAAGGGGAAAGCCUAUUCAUGAAAACAAAUUGAGGUCUUUGUUAUACACAGUACUAACGCCGUUCAUUAACCCCUUGUUAUAUAGCAUUAGAAACCAAGAGUUUAGAAAAGCGAUAACUAAAUUAAUUCAUGGAAAUAAUGGAAGACAAGGUUAG